AUGUCGAAUGCCUACGCGUCCCCGUCAGAAAUUCUCGCUUUAGUGCAAGGUGUGAAUGAGGCGGCAGCCAGCUUUGAAACAUCGGCCACAUCUCAAGGCGACUUACGCCUUACCCGACGAAGACUUCAGCAUGAAGUUCAAAAACUUUUGAGCUCUUUGGAGGAACCAAAUGGAGAAGUCUGGACUCGGACGUUCCAAGUCAAUGUCAGUGCUGCACUCGAGAUCGUAUCGCAACUGGAGCUAUGGGACAAGUUCCAAGGAGGAAACGAAGUUUCCAUCGCGGAAAUUGUAGCCCUUACUGGGGCAGACGAAAUAAUUAUUAUCCGCCUAUUCCGUCAACUCACAGCGGCCCAUCUCUUUGUCGAAACCACGGGUCCAAAAGGUCCAAGCUUUGUUAUCACUUCUCUUGGUAAACCUUAUUUACAUCCGGACCACCGUGCAUUCAACAACUUUAUGUUCUUCGAUCUCAUUCCAUCAAUCAUGGCAAUGCCAAAAACUCUAGCAGAGAGACAAUACAAAGCACCUACAAAAUUGACGGGGACACCUUUUCAAUGGGCCCACGGAGAAGAACUCUGGACCUGGUUAGGUUCUCAUCCCGACCGAGCCCUCAAUAUGGUUGCUGCGAUGACAUCACAUAACCCUCUAGAUGCCUAUCCAUGGGGAACUGAGCUUGCGAAAUUGGACCUCCAAGACAAUGAUGUAGCGAUCGUAGAUGUGGCUGGGGGCCAAGGUCACAUCAUGGCCGAGAUCCGCCGAAGAAAUCCACAGAUCAAGGGACGAUUUAUUGUGCAAGACCUACCUUCUACACUUGACGCUGUUCCCACGCCGCCAACAGGUGUUGAGCUUAUGGGUUACGACAUCUUUACCCCUCAAUCCGUCAAAGGUGCUUAUUUUUAUCAUUAUCGCCACAUUUUCCAUAACUGGAGCGAUGACGAUUGUACCACGAUCCUAGAACAAAUUGUACCACUGUUGAGAACGCAGCCACAAAGCAAGUUGUUGUUAGUUGAUAUGGUACUACCGGAUUCAAACGGGACAAUGCAGGAGGCAGUCAUGGACAUUUCUAUGUUUCCCAUGGGAGGGAUGGAGAGGACUGAAAGUCAGUGGAAGCUGUUGCUUGCGAGAAGUGGCUUGGAAAUUGGGAAUAUCUGGAGAGGAAGUGAGCCAGAAGCGUGCAUCGAGUGUAAGCUACUUUAG